UAGACCAUCUAUUAGAACCUACUGACGCGCGCCUUCUAACGAUCCAUCCAAUUGGCAAUUGCUUUGUUACGCGUAUGAUUUAGAUGCUUUUCAAACAACACUAGACAAUGGUAGUAAGUGUCUUAUUAUAUUAUUAACGCUCAUCCAAAAUAAGCAUCCAUGUAUGUACACAAUGCCGUGGCGUGGGUUUACGAAUCGAUAUUUCGCCAAUUGCACCACAGUGUACGAAUAAUCUUUUCGUUGUCCACCCUGCGUAUGCCAGUGUACGGAACAGUGCUCUACCUCUUCACAACGGCAAAAUCUACUGCCUGCAAAUAUGACGUUUAGGUGUAUUCGCCUAGCUAAUGACGUAGUUCCUAAACAGGAAAACUGGAAAUCAUAAAAAUCGUUCCGUCUCGCUCGGCUGUCAGCUGUUGAAUAGUUCGAUUGUGUUCUUAUUGGCUGUUGUGUAAUUGUUACUAUUAAAAGGAUAUAUUUAUUUUCUUUAAGAUUACUUGAUUCUAUUGCCGCUAUUGUUCGCUGCCAUAGCCAUUUUAGGUGUAGUUAUUCAGCUACUAGCUGGAAAAUCGUGGGGAAAAAAACAGUUUCUAUACCGACGUAGCACCGCAGUAGCGCACCGAGAUACGACAAUGACGAUUGGCUUUUUUAUAUACACGUGGUAUAGAUACACCAUAUGGAGGCUUCGCUCCACGCCUGUUUUUCCACCGAGCACAUUGUUUUACCUGUCCAAAAGUACGCGGCCAAUUAUGUCUAUAACAGAGAUAAGUUCGAUCACGGGUUAUCUGUCUUCUAGUAACCAUGACCCGAGCGUAUUUCCAAAGUUACGGUUAAAGGCAGUUUGUCGAGUGGCACAAGUUAAGCCCAUUUGUUCAGGUAACCCAACUCCCAUCAUGUGACAUAUCAACGAGGACGAUUCUGGUGGCCUCCUUGUUAGUGCUUGUUAACGGUAGUACAACGUUGUUUUCAAACCUAGAAAACUAGAACAGUUUAAAUUAACAUGACGUUCCAUUGGAAAAAGCAUAUUUUUUUUUAUCUAAGGGGUAAAAUAUUUAGUCAGUCGGCUCCAACUUACUUGCACAUCUUUUUAGAAUCAAACUUUAGAGACCCAGAAAAUGGGUCCAAGCCUACCACUUUAAGGAAUCGUUCUAGGUGGAACAAAGAAGGAAGAAUUUUAAUAGGCUAGACAGAUAGUACAAAUCGGAACCAAGCUUCAUGUCGCAAAUGUGCUGCGUAUUUCCGCGUUAUUGAUGUUAUAUUUCUUGCUAUUCGGUACCCUCGGAAAAACAUAUAAAUAUACUAUUCGUAAAAAUUGUGUGCAUGUUUCUGUGUGAUUGCACGGCAGAACGGCUGCUGCUUCUUCUAAGCAAAAACAUUAUGAUUUCAGUUAGGUGUCAAUCCUACUGUUUUCCUAGCGGUUAUGAUGACGCUGCUGCGUCUGCAAGUGCGCCUGUGUUAUCGUAUAGUCACAAUAAUCAUUUGUCCUUAUGUGUAGGACCUUGGAAUUCUGGAACUUCUAGCUCCUUCUGUUGUUUCUCUCCUUCUCUGUUCGACUUCCGAAGGCGAACUGUCGUACGAAAUUCACGUCCUAUAUAAUAGUACUACUAUUAAACCAUUAUAAAAAAUUAAACUAUUUCUUGCCUCUAGUGAAAGAAAGAUGGCCAUCGUUACAACGCCUCCUCUAGUUUACCCUUUUUUCAAUUCAGUUAGAUGUGUAAUAUAAUAAGCAACGGAAUAUAUUUCGUUGAGCGCGCUAACUGCUAGUCAUCUUAUUGUACGCCGUAACUACCAUGGCAAAUCUGUACCAACUGGAAACGUCUGGAGGUAAGUAUGGUUCGAUAUAAGUAUUUACUGCACCAUCUUCAAAAUGUGAGCCUCACAGCCUUUCAAAGGGUUAUCACUGCCAUAAUCAUAAAGACACCGCUGUUGCUGGUAUUGACGACGACGAAGACGGCGAUAAUCAUAGUGAUAUAAUAACAAUGUUAGCAGUUUCACGCGACGGAAAUAGACACGGAUGUUUUUAUAAACAAUAUACCGUUCUAUGGCUGUUAAUACUCGUGCCUUAGUAAUACUAACGAUAAAGGAGGCGGGUUACUUAGCGAAACUGUUAAGUGACUGAAUUAACCUUUGAUAAAAGGACGCAAUCCACAAAGCAACGAGAGUAAUACAGCAAGAACGGUUUAGUCCGACCUUGAUUAAAGCAGCAAAUGGACAGUUUCUUAUUGGUGCUUCUCUUUUAUAUCUACAACUGAAACGGCAUGUGCCGCUAAUUCUUUUCAAAGAAAACAGGACGUCUCGUUUAUAAACUUAAGCUUGUUUUUGAUCCCGAGUUAUGUAUAAUCUACUUGUAAUGUACGUCUCAGUCAAAAAAAAACCAUGAUCAAUAAGAUAUACAAGAAGGACAUUUUAAUGAGAAACAGACUUUUCCGGAAGACAAUAGCAAAGCAGCGGAAUAUUUGGUCGGUUUAUAAAGAUAUUUGUAUAAUGUAGAUAUAAAUAUUCUAGGUUUAUUUUUAGGGUUGUAUACGAGUGACGAUAGAAGCGUGGAUUUAAAUUUUACUCUGAUCAGAGGUCAAAGGUUGUAUGUGUCCUAGCGUAAUACAUUUUCGAGCCUUUUUAGUCUGAUCUUUGUUGUGGAUCUUCCCUUUGUCUUAUAGUAAUCUUCCGUUGGGUUUUUUGGAAGGCCCAUAGAAAUUAGAAAAACUUUUUAAGUAAUCUAGAAGAUUUAUAAUUUUAAUAGAAGUUCGUCUGACGUAAGGACAUCACGAGCCCUCAUUAGUGUUCAAGACAUGAACCUCCCGUUCCUGCCAAACGUGGCUUUGUUCUAGAGGAAGCUGGCUCUAUUUCGUGCUGAGAGGCGCCAAUAGAUAUAUGCUCGAUGUGACAAAAAGCUUACUUCAACUCAAUGUGUAUUCUAAAUUUUGAAAAUUCAUCCACUUGGUGGCCGAUAUUCAGCGCCAGGAUUUGUAUCUAAAACAUAACGAUGGAACAAACACCUGUAUACGUAAUAAAUAGUUAAGUUUCAAACAAAUACAUAUCACUGAUACGUUAAGCUCCACGCACAUCUGUUUUAGUGAAGAAUAGACUGACUGAGAAGAUGCUCAACUACAGAUCAGUUAUUUGUUGUUUUUGCAAAGAAUGACGUCAUUAGUAAAACAGAAGUCCUACUUAACUAUUAUCUUGAACUUGAUUAAAACUUAAUACAAAUACUUAAACUAAGGGUAUUCACCUUUACUCGGUGGACCUGUUUGAAUUAAAGAGGACUCUGUCAAUCAACUAUUCGAUUUAAGCAUCGUCUAUAUGGGCAUCGUUUCAGAAUUUGCUCUGCUACAACGUUCUUGAAGCGGCUUCGCUAACAAGCCUGUUGUUGUUGAUCUGUACUGAGCGGUUUAUACAUUUUGUCUCGAAGAUCAGUUCUGCUGAAACGCAAACUGCGGAUACACACUACACCCUCUGACCGUCGUUGCUAGGAAGAAAGGCUCGGAAGGUCGCAACAAGGACUCAUGUACGCGAAAACCACUACUUCCUUGGCGUAAUAGAAGCAAGUCUAAGCUAAUUGAAACCGACCAGGCUGUGUAUCGUUGUCCUUUGGCCUCGACAAAGGCAAUGCACGGAACUAGAUAUUAUUAAUCAGCCUACCUGUCGAGAUGCUGAGCAACCUAGCUUCGUACCUGAUGGGCGGCGGUUCAGCGGUGCCUGCUGCUGCUGCUGCUGCUGCUGUUGGCGGCCCCUCCCCGACGCCCUCUACAGUGCCCACAGAAGUAGCGCAAGGUACGGUGAUCGCCCUUCAAGAACUGCGGUGCACCGAAGAAGAGGACUGGCUUCUCGUUGAUCCCGAUGCCAUCUCCAGUAACAAUUGGUCCGGUCAUAGCGGCCGCUGCUCGAAGGGAAUAGCAAAUGGUUGUUUCUCGGGCAGCAUCGUUAUGGAAGGAGAGGUGCCAUCCGGUAGUCAACGUGGCACUGCCCCAAUCUCUAUUAAGCGACGAAGUGGAAGUCGUUGCUGGCUGUCGUUCAAUGAGACGAAAGGAGACGUGGCCAGAAACGAAGUGGAUCACGCUGAUGACGAUCAAGGUGGUGCUAAUCGAAUCACAGGCCAAAACAGGAGCCGCAGCAGGGAUAACUGCGAUAGCAGUAGCAACAUCAGCGGUAGUGGACAAGGCGGCCACCAAAUGGAGCAGAGGGGCUGCAGCGGCAGCGGUGGCAACAGUGAAAGUGGAGAAGGAGGAAACCCGAAGGGCAGCGAGGACGACAGCGAGAAUUGCGCGCCCUCUUCCGGAUUGGAAGAAAGUUGGUACGUGGCGCCAUCGGCAUGCAUAGCUCGCAGGCGACCCGUAAAACUGGCAACUUCUCCUCUCGAGAACUUGCUAAUCGAGCAUCCAUCCAUGAGCGUCUAUCAUCAUUCGCUCUUAGAGGAUGCCAUGCAGUCACCGUCGAUUUCUUCGAGCCCAGUAACGAUUGAAAAAGCUGACGAAGACGACGAGCCAUCCGUAGACGAGGAGAUGGUGGAGAUGGUGGGUCAAAUGCGGCCCUGUGGUGGUAAACGGGCACGCCAACGAAGUCGUCGAAAGCAAGACUUCUUUGUUCCGUACACAGUGACUCCUACUAUACCCCAUCUAAAGAGCCAGAAGGUUUCGCUCGAAGCAGCCAUGUUGGGCGGUCGAGUUUCACAGAAGAAAGACAGAACGAACCGCACUCAGCUCGAUCGUCUAAAUAAGUGUCGAGCAUCAUCCGGUCAAAAGAAGUUGCGACGAAGUGACCGUCAGAAUUCAAAUAAAAAUUCGUUUGCUAACAACAAUCGUCGGUCGAGCUACCAAAGGAUGUGCUAAGACGAACACAUGUCUUCUGCUCUGCGACAGUCUAGUAUUGGAUUUCUUGGAAAACUUUAUUCGACUGUACAGUUCUGCGGGCAGCUGUUGAAUCGCAGUCAAAACAAACAUUAGUCGCUCCCCGUAGCAGCGAAUUGCACGACGUCCGACUAGCGUGAAGCGACUCACGAAAGGAAUGAAUCACACAUAUAGGCACGACGGCCGGCGCAAACGUUUUAGUUGUUCAUCCUUGCGUCGACUUACUAGCAGGAAUCGACUGAUCUACAGACAAAACAAAAUUCUCAUUUGUUGGAGAUCGCAUCUUUUAAGGUUGAGAAGCUAACGCCAUCAGAGGCGAUCCUAGCAAAUGUAAUGGACGGGGUGAAACUGGAGAUCUUCUCACUUGGCACAAGGUUUCCGAGGCGAGAAAUCGGUACGACAGAACGAUUAUAAGAACGGACGUGUGAGGCGUAGUAUAACAACAAUACCUCCAACUAUAAGCUAAAGACAUCGACCUUGAAGGUUUAAAAACAACCGAAAGCUUCGAAAUAUAGAAGCUUCGAACGGCAACGACUGAGGCAAGUCGCGGAUGCGAGCUAAGGGAUUUGAUGAUUGUGCUCUUACGUCGGUCAUGUGUUACCGAUCAUGUUUCAGUAAAAAAAAAAAAACAAAAGAAAAUCGAUGUUGAAGUAAAAAAACGCAAAAUGAAGUUGAUUAAGAAAUCACUAAGGAACAGCGUACUAGAAUUAUGAUGACAAAGAUGAUGAUCACUGCUAUUGUUAGUUGAUUGAAUUAAGGAAUGAAUCUUACAAAAAAAAAAAUAAUGACGAGUAAUUCAUUAUUAUCGUAGUAGAACUAUGAAAAUGAUUGAUUAAAAGAACAAUAGGAUGAAGAAUAAUGAGUAGAGUUUAAGGGUUAAAAUGUCCGAUGGUGGUAAAUGGGGCAGGGGGUCGUUUUCGUGUAAACUGCCAUUACUCGAGCAAUGUUUAGAUUUAAUUAGAGCUGUGAAUGAGACAAGCAAAUGAGUAGAGCUUUUGAUUCCUUUAAAACUUGUUAUCACCCUCUUUGCUACUGAAAAUGACAACGAAGAACAGGAAAACGCUCCGUGAUAGGCCAUUGGGUUAUUGCGUGAGUUGUUUGCAAUAACAACUGUUUGUCAGAGGGUCGGCAAAAAUGUGGACAGAUGGGCUGAUGACUCCUAACUACAACGGUGUCACCACUAUCGUCAUUUAAAUAGUGAUGACGAUGAUCACGAGGAAAAUAAAUUAAUAAUAAUCCGAAAAGAUAGUAAAAGCUAUCGGUCAGACCGUAUGCAAAUAAAUUAAAAUGGGAAGCAGCAAAGGUCAUAUUGAGAUACGAAACACAAAAGUAGCAUAAAACUAUGAACCUCACACAAAGAUACAAAAAGGUUCGUCUUAAACAAACAUGAAAAGAAUUGUAACCGAAGCCGAAAUGUGUGAUUAUCGAUUCACAGAUAAUUACCAAUUAUAAUUAUUACAAUGAUAUUAUUUCUAUCGUACACCGCGGCAUCGGGUGCAGAUAUUAGAAGUUAUAUUCAGUCACUAUCCGAACUUAUUAUUUAGUUUUAUGUGAUCGUAAUUUCUCGAUUCAAGUUCUUGGUAAGAGAUUGAAAGGAAAAAAGCAUAUGACAAUAAUUUGAUUUAUUAUUAUAGAUUAAAAUAGUAUAUCUCUACAUUAGAGUGGUGUACAUUUGCUAUCAGCAACUACUACAAGAGUCAACAUAAACUUCAUUUACUUUUAAACUAUUUGUUCGCAUCUAUAUUUUUUGUGACAUGGAAAUGUAGCUAAGUUUUCCAUUAAAAAGUGGCACACCAAUGAUACAUAGGCGGUAGUGCGGUUGAGGUUCGUAAAAACGAAUCUAUAGAUAUGAAAAAGUCGACGGAGCGACUUGAUAUCGCAAGAACCACAGACUCCAAAGAAAAAGCUCCCCGAUUUUCCUAGAAAUUCUCCGGAAAUAUUAUACAUAGCUAUCUAUAUACAAAUAUAUAUAUAUAUAUAUAUUAUACAAAAUGGCAAAUAAAAGUGUACAUAAUCUGUAAAAUCUCUAUGCAGUUGAAAAGCAGGCACCAUAAUCAUUUACUGGUGAAUAGAUACAAAAAAAUGUGAUAAAAACUGUAAAAAUGUCAUAAAAACUCAUAAAAACUACCGAUGUCAAUUAA